CGCAAAUUGCUGAUAAACCUGUUAAGCGAUAAUACAAAUAUAAUGCUGCGGUUCACGGCGUUGGAAUACAUUUUGAAAAAUAUUUCAAUUGAUGUGACCAUGCGCCUUAAUGUUCUGAAAGAGUUUCUGGUGGCCACGAAUAAUGUGGAGCUUCACAAUCCCAAUGGGUUCUUAUUGCCAAUAAACCGUGCUGUAGAGGGAGCGAAUACGAAAGAAAUAUCAAUCUUCGUAGAGGCAUUUUGCUCGGUUAAAUGGCAUCCAGUGGCCCUCUUGUACUGGCUGCACAACUUGGAAGGAAUACGUGAAGAAUUACCAAUUCUUCGGUUCGAGACCCUUUGCUUGCUAACUGAGAGCGUUCAAAGAGCUUGGAAUUUCAGGGAAAAGUUAGGGGACAAAAUGUUUGAUGUGUUUAAAAAAACCAUAGACCAUUUAUCAUUAACGGAUUUUGAUCGAUUCUGCCAAAAUAUGAAGUUAUCAAUGCGCAAUACUCAGGUUAAACCUCACAUAGAGCCUAAAACAAAUGAUUCCGAAAAUGAAGAAAUGUGCAACCUCAGCAAACAGUUUUGCAAUUCAUUUUGUCCAGAACAGUCUUUUGAGAAUUGCGACAGGUGCACGUUAUUUCCAAGAAUUGAGGAAAGACUAACGAGUUUAUUAGAGAGUGUCAAAAAUGUUUCAGAACUGGGUUGGUUACGUUUCGUAAUUCCUUUUUUAGCAUGUAAUUUAGACACGUAUUUAGACAAUAUUUUUGGGGCACACUACGACUUUUGGAGCACUGCGUUCGAAUUGAAUAGGGAGAGUAUAGGAGAAUGCAAUUUCAGGGAUGUGCAAACAUACUUUCUGAGUAAACUGAAUUGUAAAACUCAGGAAGAGGAAGACUUUGUCAAGACCAAAUGUGCUGAAUUUUUUGUGAGGGGAAAAAUAAAGGAGUGGGAUGAUAUACAUAAGGCAGAUGUAACUCUCGAAGAACUUCUACGAAGUCGCUCCAAUGUUGUCAUUUGCAAAUUACUAGAUAUGCAAAUUAGCAGAACACAAUAUGAGAACAAUUGCAGUGACAUAUGUAAGUGUUUCCUUGAUUUAAAAGAAACAAGUGAAAUGGAAAUAUUUGAUAAAGAAACAACAGUCACGACUAUUUUGAAAUUCUUAAGAAAAGAAGACCCUGAUGCUAAGGAUUUUUUAGAAAUCUUAAAAGAAUUUGCUUUAAUUAUGCCACUCAGUAUUCUGUGGAAAUGUUUACGUUGGACUAUAGAAGAAUGUGAAUUUGAAUUAUCAAUGAAGCUCUUCGCCGAAAUAAUACUUCCAUACAAGGUUUCUGAAAAGGACUUGUGGGACAGGCCAAACCUAUCGCCUUGGAAACUUAAUAAUCAUAAGAAGUAUAUAUCCGAAUUAGUCCGUCUACACGUGGAAUCCACAAUGACAACUCCGAAAUAUUGUCGCAAUUCUGUGGAUCAUAGAAUUAAAUUACGCAUUGGCCUGUUUUUGGUAUCCAUUCAAAUGCCCUAUGCUUUGAGUAAUCGUUCAAAGGAAUGGGAAGAAGAAUGGUGGAGUUUGGUAUUGGCCCAGUUUGACGAACUAAAUGUUAAGAUGAUUUAUGAGCUUUUUGUAGCAAAAUGGGUUUCCUUUAAUUCCUUAAUGAAACGAUUAAAAAAUCUCCGGCAACAGUCUCCGAACAACCAGCUAUCAAUAAUAUCUGUCGCGCACUAUUUUUGUAGAUUGACAUAUAGAGUUGAGGCAGAUAUUUUGCCGAUAUUCAAUUUACUUUGGGAUCAGAUAAAGGACACUACCUUUGACAUUCGUCGCUUGGCUUUAUUGGUUAUAUACACCUGGAUAGAGAAGUGUACGGAAGAAGAGUAUAACAAUAGCAAAAGCCAAGGAGCAUUGAAAAAAUACAAAGAACUUGGAAAAUGGAGACAAGCAAUAAUACAAGAACUGGGAGAAGAGUUGGAAGAUCAUCGAGCAAAGGAAAUAAGACUUUGUUUAAACCCGAAGAGCAUUAAUGUGAUAAAUGAUAUAUUUUAUUUGACAUUUGGUCCAUUCGAGGAAUAUGAGACUAAAGACGCAUUGAACUUUUCAAACGAAUAUAAGAAGUGGCGCGAACUCUUUGAAAAGGAAGCGCAAAGAACGAUUGCUUUUGUAAAUGCUGAAGAAGAAUUUUAUCAGCCAUCAGCAUUGAAUAAGCUUUGAAAAUGAACACACAUACACAUAUAUGUAUGUAUAUACUCGUAUGUAUUUCUUGUACUGAGUUAUUUUUCAUA